UGUUGUUCUGGGACUUAGCUCAGUGCCGUUAUGUUCUGACACUUCCGAUGUCUCCGCAUGCCUUUUUUGCCCCGAUCCCGAGCCCCAGCGAGUACGACAGCUGGGCCAGCUAUCGAGCCGCCGCAGGCCGCUGGAACGACUUUGUGGCGGUUGGUCAGAAAAUCGACCACAGUAAGAACCGGCUCGCCUACUGCAUCGCUGGCCAGCUGCUGCGCGACGCGGUAAUCCCAAGCCUAAUAUUCUCCGAUCCAUCACACACUGACGGCUUUCCGAUCGGCCACCCGGACCUUCACCUCGGCAACAUAUUCGUCGAUGAUGACCUGAACAUCACGUGUGUUAUCGAUUGGGCUUCUACUUCCACCGUUCCUUUUCCCCAGUUGCUUGCUUGCCCCAGAAUGAUGCAAAAUCCCUCGCCGCUCGCCGCCGAAGACCUUCUCAACGCCACCUUUCAGGCUAGGCUGGAGCAAGCAUGUCACAUCGAGCACAUGCCUCCCAAUAUUUGGAAGCGUGCCGACAUGAUGCGGCUUUUCCACCGGCUCGUCCGCAUGCUCUCCACGCGAGACUACCAUGAUUUUGUGGCUCUCUACUCACUCGGACGCUGCUCGGACGGCAACGAGGAGGGCCGAUCUGAAUCGGACGAAGGAAAUCCCGACAUACCCGCCCUCUUCGCGGAGAGGGCCCGCCAGAGCGAGAACAUGCAGCUGUUGGCGGAGCUGCGUGAGGAUGACUCCCCUCCAGACUACGUCAAGCGCCAGGAGCAGGCCUCAAUCCUUGCCCGAGCCCAAGCCCACCCGGAGAAGCUCGCGGUGGCGAGGAAGUUGACUCUCAUGUCGGAGAUGAACGAGAGAUUUGUGGCAGACCGGAAGCUGUGGCGAUGGAUCGAAGAUGCCAUGGAGGACAUUCAUCCUUGAUGGGCCGUUUGGAGAGGGUGUGUGUCACUGAUGGGCGCAGCACAGCGUGUCAAACGGAAGGCGUUUGAAAGGUUCAAGUUGGGGGUGAGGCGGGACGCUUGUGUUCGAGCUCGGUACGUCCAUCUUUCGCCGAGCGAGCUGGGAGCUAGGCAGAGCUUGAAGACAAGUUGAGGUUCAAGACGGCUCCAUUAGGUCCUCACCGUACGGAACGGCUGCGCCAAUCCCCGGUCCCUGCUUCUCUUCAUGUCCCAUCCAGAAAAUUCCCCUCGUUCAUUGCCACCAGCUGUAUACGAGCCCGGCUGC